UGCCACAAGGAGUCGUCCACUGUAUAUUCGGCAGCCCGCUCUCUAGCCCAGUGACGUAUUAGAUUGUAUUAGAUUAUCGGUAUUUGAAUUGUUAUAACCUCGAAAACAUAGAGGAAUUUAAUAAAUACGAUCGAAAUUUUAUUUUUGUAAUCCUAAUAAUUUUUUAAGUUCGCUAUUCCGUCAGUUUGCCAAGAUCUGACACAUCCAAGUUGUGGCUUCGUCUUUGUUGACAUAUUCAUAUGAAUAUAUAUUGGGGAACGAUGUAUCGAUCAAACAGUCAAUUAUAGCUCAGUCUUUAUUUGCCGAUGUGAUGCGGUGCCUUCAACUCCGCUCCGGAAUCAUUUAGCACAGUUUACUUAAUUUAAGAUGGAAGAAGACUUGACAAGAAAAUAGAGGAGAAGGAGCCUCUUUUUGGGACUUGCGCUAGAGAAAAAUUAGUUCGGAGCAGCGGAAUCCCGAACAAAUCCAAAAAUGUUCAAGAACACCUUCCAGAGUGGUUUCCUAUCCAUCCUGUACAGCAUCGGCAGUAAGCCGUUGCAAAUCUGGGACAAGAAGGUGAGGAAUGGACAUAUCAAAAGGAUCACCGACAAUGACAUCCAAAGUCUUGUCCUGGAAAUACUGGGCACCAACGUUAGCACUACGUAUAUCACAUGUCCCGCGGAUCCAAGGAAGACUUUGGGUAUAAAACUGCCCUUUCUGGUGAUGAUUAUCAAGAAUCUGAAGAAAUACUUCACAUUCGAAGUCCAGAUAAUCGACGACAAAAAUGUACGCCGCAGAUUUCGUGCUAGCAAUUAUCAAUCCACGACGAGAGUGAAACCAUUUAUAUGCACUAUGCCGAUGAGACUAGACGAUGGAUGGAAUCAAAUACAGUUCAACUUGGCUGAUUUCACACGCCGUGCCUAUGGAACGAAUUAUGUGGAAACAUUGAGGGUCCAAAUUCAUGCUAAUUGUAGGAUACGACGGGUGUACUUUUCAGACCGAUUGUAUUCAGAGGAUGAAUUGCCAGCGGAAUUUAAAUUAUUCUUGCCCAUUCAAAACAAGGCAAAAUGUUGAAAAUUAGUGAAGAAAUACGCGCUUUUAGUAAAAGAAAAAAAUCACUCGAGAAAACGUUCUUUAAAAUCUUGUUCAAAUUACUUUUAAAAGAAUCAAAAGUUUAAAUUACUUAAUAAAAGAUAAUUUAUUUUGAAAUGAUGAUUGCCUUGAUUUUAUAUAUUGCUCAAAAAAUGACAACUAAUAUAACUCAUUAAAAUUAAUUUUUUACUUCAUAGAAUAUAGAUGGUGUGUGUCAUGUUCGUGUAUUAAAUUGUAUUUUUUGCUUAUUGUAUACAUGGAUAAAAAGUAUGUACAUUUUUAUGUUUA